AUGAAAUCGACCAUUGACAACCUUCAAAAAGACGUAAAAGAAAUUAAACGCAAAAACCAAGAAGAGGCGGGGCCGUCAAAAAAGUCACGAAUUUCGGACUCGGAUAUGUGCCAGUCGGGUCCGUCCAAACAGUUACAAGCACCUGCGGUUACAGUUGCCGAAAGUUCCGAUUCGGAAUCGGAACCAAUGGACGCAGAAAUAGACGAACUGCAGGGUUAUUUGGAUGAGGAAAGCUGUUCGGAUGAGGAGGAUUGCGAUCUUAUAACAGAGUUAACGCAAUUCUGUACUGAAACAACGGAAACUGGUGAGGCCGUAUCACCUAACAUCGCUGAGAUUACAAACAAGGCAAUAAAAAACAAGCAGUCAGAAGAAAAAAUCAAAGAGAUUCUGAACAGACAUAAACGGCCAGUCAACAUCGAGUUCCUUCAAGUCCCCAAGGUUGAUGAAUUUCUGUGGAGACAAUUAAAACAGUCUCCAAGACAUUCAGACUUUAUCCUGCAAAAGUCUCACAGCACGCUUGCACAAGUAGCGGUACCAAUCAUAAAGGCACUUGAGAGGAUUCAAACAUCCAAAGAUAAAGUACUGAAACAGCUGUUAUCGGACGCAUUCAAAUUGGCAACCAAUGGGAUACAGAAGACGACCAAUUACAGAAGAGAGAAACUAAAAAAGGAAUUGCAACCCCGCUAUAGACAUCUAGGAAAUUUGGACUCCUCAGCAGAAAAGCUGUUCGAAAAGAUUCCAGAGGCUAUUAAAACCACCGAAGGAGCCAAACAAAUCGUCAACAUGCGCUACGCUCCAACUCAACGGAAGCCUUUUUUAGGCCAGCGCCCAAAUCAGCACAGGUGGAAUCCGGGAGCAAAUCAAUUCAGAAGAAACAACCACGCAUACCAGCACAAACGCAGGGGAAAUUUCAAGAUGCACCCCAAACAGAAAUAAACUUUAAUAUCAAAGGUGCUACAGAAAGUGGUGGAAGACAGGACAGAAGCCGUUCUAGUGGGCCCAAUUUGGCCAACACAGCCAUGGUGGCCCAGUCUAUUACAGUUGAUCAGCGGAUCAUGCCAUCUACUUCCACUUCCGAAAUCUAU